CCCCCUGGCGGAAUCGAAUUUCAAUCACAGUCCACCAGCGCCACUUUUCUACGUUAAUGACGAAACUGAAACUAAAAGAAAACACAAAAAAUGCUGCAGCAGUUUUCUACUCGUCUGCGUCUACCUUGCAAAGUCAUUGGAACGGUGUAAACGGCAAGGACGCCAUGGACGUUGUGGAUGAGAUCAGGACUGUUGUGGUGGCAGGAGUGCCUGACAUAUUGCCCAGCGAUCGAAUGGCCGACAAGUUGGUGAUCCAUUUUCAGAGUUUAAGAAGUAAUGGAGGAGACGUGCAGAAUGUACUGUAUCCCACAAUCUCUAAAGGGGUUGCAUUCGUUACAUUUGACAAUAUUGCAGAUGCAGAGAGGGUCAUUAAAAAAGAACAAUCAAUGAGAGAUGAGGAGUUCCCCAAAGACUACACACUCACUGUAUUUAAAUUCACGACAGAUGUGUUCUUCUAUGUCAGCACUGAGGUAAACCUCUCAGGCUUCAGUGCCCCGGAGGCGUUGAUUCAGAGCCUGCGGUCAGCACACAGGUCAGUGAGAAUCUGCACUCUUCAACAGAAUAGAGUUACCAUGGAGGGCCCCUUCACUGCUGUCAAAGCCCUGAGGGAAGAUUUAAUCGGGAAACACAGAACCAACAGCUGUCCUUCUCGGAUGGAGCAGGGAGCACUGCCGAGCCCAGAUAACACUCUGAGCUCGAUAGCAGGGUGCUCUCAGCCACAGCGGUCUGAGAGCAGGUGUAAUGACGAGGAUAAAGAGGAGUUGGAGGAGGACUCAGUUUGGGUGGACAGCUGCACGCUCAUGUACAUUCAAAAGUUCAACCAAGAGGAGCUUGACAGGUGUUUAAGAGAGCACAACGUGUCGGCUCGAUUCGAGCAGCGAACAGACCUGACGGCCGUACACUUAAGAGGACUCAUCCCGGGCAGCUCCGGUGUGCAGGGAGCCACAUUAGAACUGAAUGCACUGGUGUCUAUACAACAGUCUACACUGAGAGUCCACAUUCUCAACUGCACAAGACAUGACCUGCGAGAGAGAAAGAGGUUGCUGCAGCUCUGUGAGGAGGCCAGUGUUAUUUACAAGGAUAUUUUGUACAUGCCGCUGGACUCAUGCAUCAAGGUUGUUGGUCCAUCUACAGCUAGUUAUCUGUUUUAUGAGGAAGUAAUUCUGAACCAUGUAUGAAUACAGCUCCCUUCAAUAGACCUACACUAUACUAGGGCACCUGUUUUGCUUUCAAAAGGUCCCUAACAGUCCAGAGAUUAUUUUGCAUGAAAGUGUCAAAACAUCAAUUUUUGUCCCUUUUAUCUCCCAAACAUGGCUCUUUAUGUGCCUCAUUAAUGCUUUAAUUAUAUUAAACACUAGAGGGUGCUGUUGAACUGUG